GUGUGCCAAGAUGGCUUGGGCUCUGAAGUUACCCUUGGCGGACGAAGUCAUCGAAUCGGGUCUGGUUCAGGAUUUCGAUGCCAGCCUCUCUGGUAUUGGGCAAGAGCUGGGUGCUGGCGCCUACAGCAUGAGCGAUGUCCUGGCCUUGCCCAUCUUCAAGCAAGAAGAAUCCAGCUUGCCUCCUGACAACGAGAACAAAAUCCUUCCAUUCCAAUAUGUGCUGUGUGCAGCCACUUCCCCUGCUGUCAAACUCCACGAUGAAACUCUCACUUACCUCAAUCAAGGUCAAUCUUACGAAAUCAGAAUGCUGGACAACAGGAAAAUGGGGGAACUGCCUGAACUGACUGGGAAGCUUGUAAAGAGUAUAUUUCGAGUGGUGUUCCAUGACAGACGGCUUCAGUACACGGAGCAUCAGCAGCUCGAAGGCUGGAGGUGGAAUAGGCCAGGGGAUAGAAUACUCGACAUUGAUAUUCCAAUGUCUGUGGGCAUAAUUGAUCCCAGGGCAAACCCAACACAGCUGAAUACUGUAGAGUUCCUUUGGGAUCCCUCAAAGAGGACUUCUGUAUUUAUUCAGGUGCAUUGCAUCAGUACGGAGUUCACUAUGAGGAAGCAUGGUGGCGAGAAGGGUGUGCCAUUCCGAGUCCAGAUCGACACCUUUAAGGAGAAUGAGAAUGGAGAAUACACAGAGCACCUGCAUUCUGCCAGCUGCCAGAUCAAGGUCUUCAAGCCCAAAGGAGCUGAUAGGAAGCAGAAGACGGACAGGGAGAAAAUGGAGAAGCGAACUCCUCAAGAAAAGGAGAAGUAUCAGCCUUCGUAUGAGACGACAAUACUUACGGAGUGUUCUCCAUGGCCAGAGAUCACAUAUGUCAAUAAUGUAUCAUCCCCUGGCUUUAGCAGUUCGCACAGCAGCUUUUCCAUCAGCGAAGGAAACGGGUCUCCAAACCACCAGCCUGAACCUCCUGCUCCAAUUGCAGAUAACCUACUGCCGACAUCCACACCUCAGGAAGCUCAACAGUGGCUGCACCGAAACCGCUUCUCUGCUUUCUCACGGCUUUUCACAAACUUCUCAGGGUCAGAUUUAUUGAAGCUGACCAGAGAAGAUGUCAUACAGAUCUGUGGUCCUGCAGAUGGCAUCAGGCUCUUCAAUGCGUUAAAAGGACGGAUGGUACGGCCAAGACUGACUAUCUACGUCUGCCAAGAGUCACAGCAGUUGAGGGACCAGCAGAAGCAUGAGGAUGGAGAUGCAGCCAACAGUACUUUCUUCGUCUAUCAUGCCAUCUACUUGGAGGAGUUGACGGCCGUGGAGCUGACAGAAAAAAUAGCCCAACUCUUCAGCAUUUCCUCGCAACAGAUCAGCCAGAUCUACAAACAAGGUCCCACGGGGAUCCACGUCGUCAUCAGUGAUGAGAUGAUACAGAACUUUCAAGAUGAGUCGUGUUUUGUCUUGGACACAAUGAAAGCUGAAACCAAUGACAGUUACCACAUCAUCUUAAAAUAAGCGGGAGACUCGAACAUAAC